UUGGCGACGGCAUAUUGUGAUUCUGUCGAAAUACAACUUCAUAUUAGAGCUACAAACGUUUUUUUAUUUAACAAAAUAUUGAUUUCACAUUUUUCCAAUAGUUUAGGUCAUUUUGUUAAUGUAAACAUAUACAGCCCUUUGACAUUAAUCCGGAGGAGUCUAAUUCAGAUGAGCCUACUUUUGUAUUUGUUUUGCCUUUUAUUUUUUGACAUUUUGGCGCGGUUUUGAUCAUUCUGUAAAACGCAUUGUAUACGUAAUACUUUCAUAAGCGUCUAAUAAAGCACCUGCUUCCCGGAAGCGGAAAUUCUAUGUUGCUAUACCGGUUACUAACGGCGCUCUUCUUUCCAUUUAAUUGCCAAUUAGCACCUUUUGUAAUCUAAUUGUCUCAGUUUAUUCGUUUACGGACAUUAAAAAACAAAAAUGAUGGGCAGCAGAAAAGGUGCGCUCACAAGUACAGUUGAUACAAUCAAGAGAGACAUUAAUGAAAUAUGUCAGGGCGGAAAUUAUUACGUGACAGAAGAAAUUGGAAACGAAUUUAACACAAUCGCAAAUGGGUUAGAUCACUUGAAACUAGAUGGAUAUUUAAUGAACACAUCCACUGACUGGCAAAAAGGUUUCGAUUCAACACAAGUUACAGCUCAUAACUCAAAUGCAAGAAAUGUAUUGGAUUCCCUGGCAGCAACUCUGUUUGAUUACAAAAGCAAGAUGGGGAACACUGCCGUAUCAUCCUGCCAGGAGAAUGAGAUCAGAGAGAGACAUCACUGGGCACUUAACAGUCUUAAACGUGCAGAACAGGAUAUGGCACCAUUCACUUAUGGAGCAGCAGACAGAGUCCGUCAGUUUGGGGAUCACAUAGGUGUAACCGACCGCUAUACAGGGUACAGAAACAACCUCACCAGGGGUACCAGAGAGCCUUUCAAAUUGGGUACCAACUGGAUGGACAAAAACACUCAGGGAGGGCAUCUUAGAAGCAGUUUUAGCAGAGCCAACACAUUUGCUGGUCCAACAAUGACUGAAGCCAGGACAGUGGCAGCUCCUGCAAGCGCCAAAGUCAGAUUUGGGACAACUCAGCCUGGCAGAGUUGAUGUCAAAGGUUAUCAGACAGUUGACAGUCUAUACCCACGUAGUAACACAAUGUUUGUUGACGAUGCUGCCAGCCGAAGUCAGGCACUGGCCAGCCUAAAAGCUGCAAAUGCUUUAAAUGCUAGUACCUCAGUUUCUCAAGCUUUCACCGCCAUGCCGAGAGGUCACAAAAACCUGUCGGUCCAAGAGCAGGCUGGAAUCAACACUACUUACCCUGGAAGAACAGAGUACAUGACACGGUACAAAUCUCCACCUCAAGAUGUACGAACAAGCGACUUUAUUGUCAAUCCAACUCCUAAUUUCAUGUUGCAUGGACGACCACUUGGACUUACAACAUACACUCCAAGCUUUACUGAAUAUCAAACAAGAUAUGAAUGGCCUGAUGGAAAUAAAAUAGUAAAAUUGCCCUGGAGAAGAAACUAAAGUGGCACCUUAAAAUUAUCAGUAUUGCUUUCUGCCAAAGACUUUCUGUGUCACAUUUUGUAUGCAAUAAAAAGAAUGGACAGAAUUAUUUUCUUGAACUAUGAUCUGUAUGAGAUUUUUAAAGUGUUUAAACCACAUUUAUAUAGGAGAGAUGGUGUUUGUAAACAAAUCCAUUAUAUUUUCUAUUUUUAGAACUGAUAAGACAAAAACCGGGUGGCAGACGCCGAGCGUCUAUGUUUUUUUUGUAAACAGUGAUGUUUUUCUAACGGCUUAAACUUUCUUAAAACACAAAUAAUAUCAAUAGUUUUUUGAUCAAUGGAAAGUGUAUAAAACAAGCAAUUUAUUGAUUACUUUUGAUCAUAAUUUCGAAAUUAAAUGGAUUAAUUAUGAACGCUUAACUUACAGUGUUUUUUCAAAAAGUUUGGAGGAUCGCUACGCCAUUAAAAUCUUAUGUCAUUUAAAACGGUUACUCAUUUUAAAAAGAUAUUUAAAUGGGAAAAUAUGAAAAUCGUAAGCAUUUCAAAACUUUUUGAAUUUUUAAAAUCCAUAAAUGAGCGAAAAAGUUAUUAAAAAUUAAAAAUUCAGAUCCCAUACACAAACGAUGUAAAAACAUUUGUUUUACCCACCACCAGAUAAACAGGUAUUUAUGCGUGACGUCAUGGCGAUCUCUCCUAUUUAAAGACAGACUUACUUUCUGAAUGUUCAAUACCUUUUUAUGCAUAUCUGUUGAUUUGUGAAUGAAAUUGAAAACAUUUCUUGAAAAAAAAAAAAAGUGAAAUUAAAUUGUAAGUGAAAAAAGAAAUGGUAUUUCAAUUUUUGUUCUUUUUCUUUUUUCGAAAUUACUACUGUUUAAGAAAAUUAUUGCAAAUUUUCUAAACAUAGUUACAUGGUAAUGACAAACUGUAAUCUGGCUAGACAGUUUAAGAACUUUACUUACUAUUAUUUUGUAGUGAAUACAAUUUACAUAUCAGUACACAUAAACAGAAGAGUUCUGCAUGUUUUUGUUAAUAGUUAUUCAGACAUUCAGAUCCAUGACAUAUUUAUUUUCAAACAAUAAUAAAAUCUUAUCAUAACUUAUUUUUUUAGCUGCUAAAGCAGACAUGUUUGUUCUAUCAGUAUUAAUAAAUAUUUUCAUGUUGUUAGACCAGUUAACUGUGAUAAAUCUGUUUUAAUUAUAUGUUAUAUACAAUGCACUUUAACAUAAAAUGAUAUAUUUAUAUAAGUAGAAAAAUAUACAAGUUGAUUUUAGAUCUGAGAAUCAGUAUUCAGAGAGACGUUAUUCCAGUAUCAAUCUGAUAUGUAAAACAUAUCAUGGAAGUCUUUAAGAAUUCUGUUUUCAAGCAAAUGUUUUCUUGUAAUUUAGUAUUUUGCCUUUCGACAAGAGAACAGAUUGCUUCAAUCCAGUUUAACUUCUUUUAUAAGUGAACGAAAAGGUGUUUUUAUAGAGUAUUUUUUAAAUGCAUUGUUAUUUCUAAUUAUGUUUUGAUAAUAAAUCUGUCAUGAGAAAAACUAUAGAGAACUGACUUGCAUAAUAUGUUUUAUAGUACAGGCACAUGUAUACUGUGCAAUCAUUUAACUGUGUUGGCCUAAGAUUUCUAGGUUUCUUCCAAAAUGGCAAUUUCUUAAGGACAUACAUUGGUGUAUUAUUGAAGUUAUGAUAAAUGAGAAAUUUACUUGUUUGCUUGGAUUUAAGCUUAAGGAUUGAAGCAAGAAAUGAAGUCCCUGAAAAUUAAUUCACCACAAAUAAUGUUUUCACAGAAAUGCAUUUUGUAUGGAUCCAUUUCCCUGAAUUUUCAUCCAUCUAAAUCACUAACUAAUUUUGCUACUGCUUUAUUUUAUACAUACAGGAUAUAAGACAGAUAUUAUUAUAGUUAGUCAUUAACAUUUUGUAGAGCAAUUAAAAUGAUGCCUGACUUUUUCUAUUAUUAUUACCUAAAGCAUUUGUUUUAUAUGUGAAGUUAUGUGCUUUUUAUAUUUUUGAAGAGUAUUUGUUAAAGUUUUUGACAUUGUUUGUAAAUACAUUAGGAUAUCAACUGUGUUUUCCAUUUUUAAUUGCAGACAUUGAAUAAAUUGAUACUUUUUGGCUUGUAUAAAAUCAUACAUAUUUAAAUUAAAAUGAUUUUAAAGUGCAUUAUUUAUUUUAUGAAGUCACAAAAAGAAGUCCAAAAGUGUCAAUUUAUUAAAUUUCUGUUCCAUUUUGUUGUGUUUUAAGUGGUCACAGUAAUCCUGCACUUUUGUGUGAAUUUUGCACUUUCUAUCUAUACUCUUGUUUACAUUUGUAGAUCAGGUCGACGUUUAAAGGUAUCCUAAAAAAAUAUAAAACAAAAAAGUGAA